UCCGUGUCAACGCAUCCAGCCUGUGGAGGACAAGUUGAGGGGGUCUUCGCCAACGCUCGCCGGCUCUGGACUUUCCCCGGCAGCUUGCGUACUGCCCCUCACUCCUCCUCCACCUCCCUCUCCUCCUCCUCCUUUUCUUUGCCACAUCCACCCACCAGCCCACCCUCUCUCUGCCUCCCUUACGCACACAUACACAUAUACACUCAAUCACGAAUGCACGGGGAUUGCAGCAACAGCAGCGGCGCCGCGAGAUGGAGAUCUCCGCUGCGUGUGUGAGUGCUUAUUCCCGCUGUCACUGCACCGGCUGCCUGUCUCCUGGUCCUGCAGCCCGUGAGAGCUGCUCCAGCGGCUGGACGAUACCCCGGCAACCACUGGAUACAUGGAUGAACGCUGGCUUUACAGGGGAUCUGCGCUUUCUUAUGCUUUGCACCUCUGAUCUGUUUCUCAAGAAAAUAUGGUGAGUAAAGAAGACACCACAUGCAUUGUUCUCUCAAAUUCCGACGACUCCGAUUCCGAGACAGGUCCAUCACACAGCCUUGAUGCGCAGUCUGGACAAGAAUCAAGCAAGCAGCAGGUGAAGAAGAGAAACAAAGCCUUACAAGUGCGUUUCAAGGAUAUCUGUGAAGCCCAAAAUGAGCAUCGGGGCAGACGCCCCAGAUCCAUUUCCUGUAAAGUAACACACAGAAAGUACAUGACUAUGCCUGCCAGACGCUCCAUUCCAAAUGUAACCAAGAGUACGGGAGUACAAACCUCACCAGACCUCACCAAGCGAUACAAGACUUUUCCUUUCGAUAGGAAAAAGGGCCACACGUUCAAACACACUGCUUUGGUGGAGGAUUAUAAAGGACAGAACAAUGGGUUUCUGAGUGAUAUAAAGGCAGCAGGAGAUGAUGGACAGCCUGUUGGGGAGUCCUCUCAGUACAAGGGUAAGAUCGUGGGACAGACCAAAGCCUUGCUUCACCACACAGAUGACAGCAGUGACACAGAGGAUCUGCUUUCCAGUGCCAACUGUGUGGACGGACCCUCAUGUCCAGAAUACUCGCAUUUCCCGGACGUGUGCCAUCCAGGCAGCUCUCCUUCCAAAGGUGAGCCAGACUUCCAGGGUUGUGGGACCAGGACCAAACACAAAGGAAUACCCAAAGAAGACAUGAAUGCCAGCACUUCGUCAAAGCGUCAGCUGGCUAACACUGAGCUAAAGGGUAUGGGCCCCGUUGCGUGGAACUCCUUGACACAGGUGGAGUCCUUAGGAAGCCCCUCUGUGAGCUGUAAACGGAAAAAGGGCACACAGCCGAAUGAGCAGCAGUCACAGACACUUCCCCAUAGCGCCAAAUGUUCUGCACAGUCACAAGGGCAGUGUCGGACAAGGCACGCGUCGGCCUCCUCCAAACUCCAGCAAACAGUUGGGGGGGGUGAGGGCUUUCCUCCAGUAGACACAGGAGCCCCAGGCAUGGGCAGCAGCCAGCAGAUAAUGCCCUUAUCUGGAGACAAGGAUAUCAAAGCACAGCUGCAGGCCAUGGAGAGCCUCAUCAGCUCGAGCCAGGAGACCAUCAAGGUCCUGCUCGGAGUUAUUCAGGAGCUCGAGAAAGGUGAAGCGCAGAGGGAGGGGCUCUCCUACCGAACGGGACAAGACACGGCCAACUGUGACACGUGUCGCAACAGCGCGUGCAUCAUUUACAGUGUCGAGCUGGACUUCAAGCUGCAGGAGGACAAGUUGCAGCCCCUGAUGAAGAGACUUUGCCCCCUGGACAGCCAGCAGUGUCCCGCUCUGCCUUACCCCAACGAGGUCUUCACGUCCACUCCCAAGCGUAAAUCCAAGACAGAGUCCAAAAAGCACGCUCGCUGGAAACUCUGGUUCCUUUGAGGAAAACGCGAAAGGCUUUUGGAAGCAGCCUUUUUUCUUUUCAUCGGGCACAUUAUUACCCCCUGUUAUUCGCAAAACGGAUGAUAGAAUAUUCAGCGCAGGAAACCGAUCCCGGGGGAAACAAUAACAACAGGAACAGGUUUAUUGGGGGUUCUGUUGAGACUGCACAUCAAGUGGGCUGGAGGACAGUAGAGACAAAAAAAUAAAACAUUUAAUGAUUCCAUCAAACCUUUUUCUGGCUUGUUUGCUGGAGAAGAUCAACACACACCUGCAGAAACUAGAGCAUAUUGCUUGGCAACAAGAGGAUGCACCAAGUCGAGGGCCUUUUAUGAGCGAAGCUAUAAUCUUUGAAUGGACAUCAGCUCCACCUCCGGCAAAGCACAAACAUUUGACUAUUGAGAGGAACACGCUUAAGAGACUGAAACAUGCUACAGUACAGUACAUGACACACUUUCUGGUCUAACAACGCUGUCUGCUCUCUGCUCUUCUUCCCGGAUCUGUUAACAUCCUGCCUGAACAUCUGCCUGCCUUUGUUAAUAACCCCUGUCUGCUCUCUCUGUAUCUCUGUCCCCUUAUCGCCCCGUCUCUCCAUUUAGCUCACUGCGCAACCAGCCAACUUGCCAGCCAACUUUGCCUCAGUCAUCCUGUCCCCUUUCCCCGCUGGCUACCCUGAGAAAUAAUGUUCAGACUCUAUAUUUUAGGAUAUCUGCAUCGUUUUAGCAAAGAACUGUGAAAUUAAAUUUUGAAGAAUACCCCCUAUGCGGUAUGUGUGGGCUUCUCGUCUGAAGCUGUCUGUUAUCUCAGCUUUCGUAACACACAUACAGUAUACAGCGUUUUGACUAAGGCAUAUAAUUUUCUAUAGCAAAUGAAGAAGUAUGCUUUUGUUCUGAAAAAGUAAAUGCUUCUUUGAAUUCAGUCCAUUAAACGUUUCCGCUGCUUAUCAAUCACAUAUUAUGUCACAGCAAAGCUCUGGAGUCUGGAGCCAUUUCUGUUUCUAAAGGUUUUUAUUUAUUUUUUUUUUCCCAUGAGUAGUUAGCUGUUCUGUAAUAUUGAUUUGUUUUGGCAUUCAACCCCAAGUUCCAUCUUGUAAAAUAAAAAGACUUAUUUUUUUGCAGAAAACAAUUACAGAACACCAAACAUAUCUGCACCGACCCACACAAGCAGCUGUGCUAUGAACUUGAAAGAGUCGAAGGGCUAUACAGUACAUAGUGCUAAAGGAACACGGUAGCAGCAUCACAAGUGAGAUGUCCUGUAGCCACCAGCUUUGUUAAAGGAAAGAGCAAACAGAAAAUGACCAUGUAGCAGUGACGACAAACUUUCGCGUUGUUGGAAGACGGUCAUUGAAUGAGUUUAUUACUGACAGCAGCUUCUGUAAAUACGAUGGUACUGUUAAAUGUUCCAGAAAUGUCAGGAAGCCUCUCAUAGUUAGAUCAAGCAGUAGAUUACAUUAUUCAGGUCACAAAUGUUCAUGCAAAGAUUUUUACCUUGAGAAAGUGCAAUUUAGUGGUUAUGUGCAAUAUUAUGCAUUUUUCUA